GGCGGGCCGUGGUGACGCACAGUGCACGCUGCGGAAGGUGGAGCUACUCCGUGGUGUGCUACGAUCAUUAUAACAAUCAUGAUUUUCCACAUGACUGUCCGCUCUUACCCAAUGAUGCAAAAAACACAUCUGGCUGCGCGGAGAGCAUGGAGAAGGCUAAGGCCGAGAUUGAACUCCUGUUUCGUUGGUGCAUCUUCUGGUCCAGGUCACGAGGACAGAUCCGAAGACCUGUCUGCUGUUUCAGCUGAAAAGCCUCCUCACACGCCUGUCAUGUUGAAAGAGGUGCUUCAAUACUUAGACAUUCAACCAGCUCAGGUGGUGCUGGACAUGACAUUUGGAGGUGGUGGUCAUACCAAAGCAAUUCUGAGCACAGUUCCUGAAGUCACGGUCCUGGCCUUAGAUCGAGAUCCCACAGCAAUUUCUCUGGCCCAGCAGUUAGCCAAGGAACACUUUGGUCGUGUGAAACCAAUGCUUGGCCGGUUCAGUGAGCUUGAAGACCUGCUGUCAAACAUGAACGUUAAGCCAGGCAGCAUUGAUGCUGUCCUGUUGGAUGCUGGCUGUUCCUCCAUGCAGAUGGAUGAGGCAGAAAGAGGCUUCUCCCUGAGCAAAGAUGGACCAUUGGAUAUGAGAAUGGAUGGAGACAGGUACCCCGACAUGCCCUGCGCCGCUGACGUUGUGAAUACCUUAGAUCAACAGGCUCUUGCAUCCAUCCUCACUGCAUAUGGGGAAGAAAGACACGCCAGGAAAAUAGCUUCAGCCAUUGUGGAGGCACGCCGUGUCAGCCCCAUCACCCGGACACAGCAGUUGGCCAGUGUGGUUGCAGGAUCGUUUCCUCCUGCAGUUCUCUAUGCACGUAAAGACCGGCUCAACAGACCUGCACACGUGGCCACUAAGACUUUCCAGGCCUUGCGUAUCUUUGUGAAUGAUGAGCUGAAUGAACUUCACGCUGGCCUGUGUGCUGCCCAGACGUUGCUAAAACCCAGCGGACGUCUCUGUGUUAUCACCUUUCAUUCACUAGAAGAUAGACUGGUCAAACGUUUCCUCCGGGGAGAUGACUUGUCUAAUCUGGAUCACUUCAGCCAGAGGAAGCAAGGUACCAAGAAGGAAAACCUAUCGCAUGAAAAAAGUGACAGAAGUGUCUAUUGGCUUCCUCUGCGAAGAAAAGUGAUCACUCCAGAAAAAGACGACGUUAAGGAGAAUCCUCGAGGACGCUCCUCCAAACUCAGGGCAGCACUCAGACGAUAACUAUUGAACAUUAAAUAUAAGACAAUAGAAGUUGUAGAAAAAAAGUUGGAGCUUUUUACAUUGAACAUUAAACUUCUACAAAGACUCAGGGUUAAA